CUGCGGCCCCGGGGCAGCGGGCGCUGGGACUUGCGCUGACUCCAUCCCGACAAGAGAGAGACAGCGGCAGAGUCCCUGCUAUGUGGAUAUUUGUUAGCAAUGACUGAUGUGGAAACUACAUAUGCAGAUUUCAUUGCUUCAGGAAGAACAGGUAGAAGAAAUGCAAUACAUGAUAUCCUGGUUUCCUCUGCAAGUGGCAACAGCAAUGAAUUAGCCUUGAAAUUAGCAGGUCUUGAUAUCAACAAGACAGAAGGUGAAGAAGAUGCACAACGAACUUCCACAGAACAAAGUGGGGAAGCCCAGGGGGAAGCAGCAAAAUCUGAAAGCUAACACCCCACUUUGAUAACUUCAGCAACAUCUGACAAUGUCUCAAAUCUCCAGGCCUGGCUGGAAUGCAUUUGUUUCCAAGAGUGAAAACGGGGGGAAGAAAAUAGCUGUGCUGCAUUGUAGGAAUCUGCUCAUUAUCAUGUUAAAAAUGGGGGCAGAGGCAGUGGCUGCAGACAGACUUUUCUCUACCUCUGUCAUUAGCAAUGGUUGAAAUCAUGUGGCUUGUGUUUGGAUGUCAUUUUUAUAUGGAUCCUUUCACUUGACCAUAUGAUAAAAUGCUUGUAGAGAGUAGCACUGACCUAGAUGAUUCUUCCUGUAGCAUCUGGCCCCUCACAAUGUCAGAGGAUUUAAUUGUGUCUAAUUGCAAAGGGUUGGUUGAACCCCAGAGUUUAAAUAUCUCUGGUCUAAGUAUUCACCCAGUAAAAGAACCAUCCAGAAAGCACUGUUUUUAGCAUUAUGUAUCUGUGUGUUCCUGCUGUGUUAUUUACACUGUUUUGUAUUGUACAAAAUAGACGCUCAGCACUGCCCCCUUCUUUGAUCGCUUAUGAGAAACAAAAAUGAUGUAUGUGACUGUGAAUUUUUAUACCACUCAUUUUUAAAAGGGCUGCCUUUUUCCUUCUCCACAGUGUGGUGGUGUACACAGGAUAGAUCACACUUUUUUUUAACUUAAUCUUUCCCCUUGAUUCACUGUUGAUGAAUUAAGUCUAAUUCAUCAAGACUUUUUUGCUUUAAUAUAGAGGCAUUUGAAAAUAUCCGCUAAUGUGAAUUUUACUUGAAAUUCAGUCUGUUUGUUGUCUGCACAGACCAGAAUUAAAUAUGCAAAUUUUGUUUUAUUUUCAAUUGGAGAACUUUCCCCAAUUAAUAUAUUUUUUAAAAUUUUUAAUUAUGAGGAUUUUGGAGAAUCAGGAUGGUGGGAAAGAUAAGAUAAUAUUAAGAACAGGAAACAUUUUGUUCUUAUGGAAUCAAAUUACUCAAUGCUAUAUGCUACUAUUUAAAUUUGGAGGACAGCUUAUCUGGAUGGAGCUGUAACAGAUGGAAAAAAUUAUCUUGCAAUCAUGUGGACACCAAUCACAAAAGUAAAGCCCUUGCAUUGUGUUUUUUCAUGUCUUUUUUCAGCCCUAUCAGAUACAAAUGUUAUUAUGCACUUUUUAAUGUUUGUAAACUUUUACUAAUAAUUAGUGUGAAUUGCAUUCUGAUACAAUAACAAUUAUCAUUAGAAGCUAACAAAAUCCUCAUUAAUACAGUUGAUAGCCUCUGCUGUGUUUUGACGUCAUGGUUCUUAUAUGGAAAGUUUCUGUGAGCUGUGUAAUCCCACUGGUCAGUAUUAUAAAAUCAUUUAUCAGUAGUAAUAAAUAAGGAACCGGUAAUAUGCCAAUGGCUCAUGGGUUACUGGACAAAUAGCAGAUAACAGGAAGACCCUUUACAAUAAAGGGCCCACUUAAAUUAUCCUCGAGGUCUUAGAUACAGUCCCAUUCGAGGUAGGUUAAACAGCAUUUCCACAGAUAAUCUCCAUGGAUAUAUUGGGAACUCAGCCCUAAGAAAGGUCAGUCUUCCCUCAUCCCCCCUUACAAUACUUUCCAAAUGAGUAGGAUAAGGGCAAGGGUAUCAUUCGGUCCUCAAUCAUAUGUUACUAGAAAAAAUAUUAAUAGUGUAAGUCUCUCAGAAAAUAGUAAGUAUUAGAGUACUUCAUUCUAACCAGUUAGGGUCCCAAAUGCCCCAUUAAAAUUCAAAUAAACCCACUUAUUAAUAGACUCACAAGUGGGAAGAGAGGUUCCUGAGGCUUUUUUAGACAAUCUCUGGUAGUCCAUUUAAAAUAUCCAACCCAUAAAAUCACUUUUUCAAUAUCCUCAUUUACUAUCCUCAUAGCUUUCUUGUGAAUCUAGGUAAAGUUCUCUCCAUCCUUAAAGUUGUGGAAUUCCAAACUGAUUACAUGUGAUUUUGUAAAGUUUAGGACUAGUGCUGAGUGUAUGUGGAGAGCUUAUAUUCCUAUGUGAUAUACUAUUAUUAAUGCAUGUGGUGUCAUGCUUGUCUUUGAAUAUAUAAUAGUGCUAAAUUGGAAAGUCAUAUGGAGCUUUUGAAUUAUUUUGACCUCUUACUGCUACUUUGUCUGCUAUAUUCAAACCCAGAGGCAUUCCCAAGCUAGAAGAUAAAAAUCUACUUUCCAAAAUGUCCACAUCCUACAAUAUUGCUCAGCAAAAGUUCACAGUGUCUUCCAAAUUGUAUUGUAAUAUCUUUUACUUGCAAGUCAAUAAUAUACAUGGAACUGAAUUUUUAAGGACAAAAGGAAAAGGUAGAAAACUAAGGCGUUAGGUUUGAGACUAUGCAUUGAAUGCCCACUAACCAAUGACAUUAUGCUAAUCACUUCCCAGCACUUUUUCUCCCAUUUAAUUGUUUCUCCUCAGAGAAUUUGAUUAAAGAGGUAGUGUUAUCCCAUUUCACAGAUUAAGAAAUUAAGGCUCAAUAAGGUAUAACUUUUCCAAGUUUAAAAAGCUAAUAAAUGAUGAAAUUAAGAUUUGAACCUAUCUUUGUCUGUUUCCAAGGAGCUUUCUACUGCACAUGGCCAUAAAAUUAAAGCCAAUUAUAGAGCAUCUUUAUCUGUAAGGGAACAUUUAGACAUGAACUGGUUCAACCUCCAUAUUUUAUAGAGGGAAACUGAGUCUCAGAACGGGGAAUUGUCUUUCUCAAGGUUACCUAGAUAAGUAAUGACACAGAUGUGACCAGAUCAUAGAAAGUACACUUUGAAGAAAAAAGAAAUUCAAUUAGAAUUUA